AUGGCCCAGGAGCUCGGGGCCGGCCUCUGCCAGGAGGGGGACCGGCACCUGGCCCUGGGGGAGCCCCCGCUGGCCACGGCUUUCUACCUGGCGGCCUUCAGCUGCCACGCCCCCUCAGCUGUGCGCAGCGUGAGGCGCGCCCUGGCCGAGGCCCGGGGGGCGCCCGUGCUGGACACCCUGGAGGCCUGGUGCCGCGGGGACAGCCGGAUCCCCACCGUGCACUGGGACGGCAUGGCCGUGGUCUCCCUGACAGCCACCCUGGCCUCCGCCUUCCUUGGCGCCCUCUGCCCAGACCACCCGGCCGCGGUGCUGCACGGGCUGGCCGGGCUGCUGGCCCGCGGGCACCACGAGGAGGUGGCUCGGCGCUGCAGCGAGCUGCUGGACUCCCGCUCCCAGCCCGCACUGGAGCUGCGGCUGAGCCGCGCCCUGGCCUGGGUGCUGUCGGGGGCGCGGGCCGCGGACGGCGUGGCCGACUACCUGCGCGCCUUUGCCGCCAGUGCCGACCGCACCCUGGCCUUCAUCCACGCCCACCAGCGGCCCUACCUCCCUGCGCUGCUCCACGCCCUGCAGAGCCGCAUCUCGGAGCCGCCGGGGGCUGGGGACAGGGACUGCUGGCGGCUCCUGGCGGCCCUGGAGCCUGAGGACAGCACGCGCACCACCCUGUCACCCGAGGCGCUGCUGCGAGGCGGCAGGUACGCGGACUGCCUGGCGAUGUGCAGCCAAGCCCUUCAGUCGGCCCCUGCGGGCGGCAGCCAAGGUGAGCGCCUGGCCACCCUGCUGGUCACGCGCGCCGCCGCCGCCCUCUUCCUGGACGGCCGCGCCGAGGACAUGCUGCGGGACCUGCACGACGCCUUCCGCGAGAGCCCCCGCGCCGCGCGCCGGCAGCUGCAGGCCGUGCUGUCCGUGCGGGCCCAGGAGCGCGUCCGGGCCCAGGCCCAGGAGGCCGCGGACCUGGGCUUCGCCCGCUUCCAGGAGGCCGUGCGGAGCCGCCCCGAGCUCCGCGAAGACGCGGAUCGCGAGCUGCUGGCACCGGUGACCUGUGCGCUCCGAAUCCUGCUCCGCGUGGCACCGCCCGGGGCCCAGCCUGCGCUGGGCACCCGCCUGGCCGAGUGCCUGCUGCUGGCCGGGGACGUGGCGGGCGCCCGGGCUCUGUGCGAGCGCCUGCUGCGGCCCGCUAGCCCCGGGGACGCCGCCGAGGACCGCGCCCUGGAGCGCGCCCCGCUGCUGGCGCUGCGCGGCUUUUGCGCGCUGCACGCCGGGGACGCGCAGGGCGCCCGGGAGGACUUCCAGGCGGUGGUGGAGCAGGGGGCCCCGCACCUUGGCGGCUGCGUGCGCGCGCUGUGCGGCCGCGGGCUGCUGCGGGUGCUGGCCGGCAGCGCCUUCCUGGGCACAUUGGACUACGUCACCGCGUGCGGGCUUCGGCCGGAGGAAGCGCUCUUGGCCGCCAAGGCCUUCGUGCCCUGGAACCAGCGCGGGCUGCUGCUGAUCGUGCUGCGGGAGGAGGGCCGCCGGAUGCUGCAGCGCCCGCCCCCGCCGGGCUGCCGAAGCCAGGCCGCGGGGCCCGACAGCGGCGCGGCCCCCGAAGGGGAUGCGCGCGGUGUGUACCAGCUGGCCUCGCUGCUGAUGGAGCUGGACGCGGAGGACGAGGCCGCGCGCCUGCUGGCCGCCGAUGCCCUGUACCGCCUGGGCCGCCUGGAGGACGCUCACGGGGCCCUGCGGGCGGCGCUGGCGCAGGGACCGCCGGCGGCCGCGGUGCUGGUGCGGCUGGCGCUGCUGCAGCUGCGCAGGGGCUUCGCCUUCGACGCCCACCAGCUGGUGAAGAGGCUCGUCCAGGCCAGGGACACCGCCUGCCUCCAGCCCACCUUGGACGUCUUCUGCCGCGAGGACCUGCAGCUGCUCCGGGGCCACUGCCACACUCGUGCCCUGGCCAUCCUGCGGGCACGUCCAGGCGCGGCCGACAGCAGGGCCCGCACCAGGGAGGCCAUCACCUAUCUCUCUCUGGCCAUCUUCGCUGCAGGGAGCCAGGCCAGCGAGUCCCUGCUCACCCGAGCCCGCUGCUACGGGCUCCUGGGCCAAAAGAAGACUGCCAUGUUUGACUUCAACUCCGUGCUGCGGGCCGAGCCGGGGAACGUGCAGGCUCUGUGUGGGCGGGCGCUCGUGCACCUGGCCCUGGGCCAGCAGCAGGAAGCCGUGGCCGACAUCGUCUCUGCCCUGAAGCUGGACCCGGCCGCUGUGGUCCCUGAGCUCCGCUCUCUGCGGCGCGACACCCAGGGCCUCCUCGCGCAUGGCCUACACGCUCACUGCCGGGCCCUGCUGAGUCGGCCCCUCCGGGAGGACGACGCCCAGGGCCUUCUGGCCGCCGGGGAGGCACUGGUCCAGAUGGACGGCGCGCAGCUCAGUGGGCACCUGCUGCUGGCCGACGCCCUCAUGGCGCUGGGCAGCUACGAGGCAGCCGGCGCCCGUCUGCAGGAGGCCCUGCGCCCCGCUCGGGCGUCCGCGGCGGCCCGGGCCCGGCGGGGCCUGCUCCGGCUGAAGCAGGGAGACGUGCGGGCCGCGGCCCGGGACCUGCAGGGCCUGGCCGAGCCGGACGCCGCGGAUCUGGGCUUCCUGCUGCGGCUGCUGGAGGCCCCCGAGCGGCAGAGCCUGGCCCAGGCCGCUGCCGGGGAAGCCAGCGCCCUCCUGGACACCGGGCGGCCGCGGCAGGCGCUGGGCUUCUGCUCCCUGGCCGUGCUGGCCGGCGGUGGCGGCGCCUGCCACCUGCGCCUGCGUGCCACCUGCCUGGCCCAGCUGCGGGAAUGCGACCGAGCGCUCAGGGACCUGGACCAAGUGCUCCAGGAGGGUGCAGGCGAUGGGGACCUCCCGCGGCGGGCGGAGGACCUCUGCUCCCGGGGCCGCCUGCUGCUGAGCCUGGGGGACGAGGCGGGGGCGGCGGCGGCCUUCGGCCAGGCCCUCACCCUGGCACCCGCCCCUGCCCAGAGCAGCCUGUGGGGGCAGCCGGGCCGGACCCCCACCGUCCGCCUGUUCCUGCACCACGGGCAGCGCUGCCUGGAGCAGCAGCGCCACGCGGAGGCCUGGACAGCCGCCCAGAGCGGCCUCCUGGUGGACCCCGGCCACCGGGGCCUGAAGCGGCUGAAGGCCAGAGCCCAGAGAGGGGUGGACUCGGGCUGCCGGCUGCACUGA